AUGGAUACAAGUUUCGACUGGUCUCCAGAUACGUCUACGUUUGUUGUCAGGAUGCCAACAACUAAGCAUGAGAGCUUCGUAGAAGCUGUCUCGACGGAAAUCGUCUCGCAGCUAGCAAAGGCUGGUAAUCAAGACAACGACGUCAAGGUCGUUACUGAUCGAAUCGAAAGCGAAGGAUCCCCGUUAAUCGACCUACUUUACUAUGAUACCGAACGAGCGAAAUGUCCUAAACGAACACCAGACAAGUCGUUCGGCCCUGGAAACCAGUUUCCCUUGGUAGUGAUCGAAGUCGCAUAUUCGCAGCAACAGAAAAAGUUACCCAGGAUAGCCGAUGAAUACAUUUGUGGCUCUAGCGGCAACAUUAAAGUCGUGUUGGGGUUCGAUAUCGGGUACGAUGAUCAGUCCAAGAAGGCGACGACCUCAAUCUGGCGACCUGGAACAUCAGACGAUGGAGAUCUAAUCACCGAAGAAGUUCGAAACGACGAUCCGUUUCGUACCAAGGAGGGAACCUUAGUCCCAGGUCUCGGAUUCUCUCUUCGGGUCCGUGACCUUGUUCUCAGUACACAGCUGCCCGAUCUACCCAGUCGGAUUCAUAACCAGACUGUUGUUCACGUUACCCCAGAGCAACUUGCCUCAUUUCUCUACCGAGUGGAGACCACAUACGAGCUCAAUAAAAUCAAUCAAGGUGCACAAGAGCCGGACCGGAAAAAGAGGGUUCGUGAAGCGACACCAGAAGAAGAAUUGAGCUCAAGGAAGGAGAGGAAGAUCUCUAAGCAAGAGGUUGCCGAAGAGGAGAGCAAUGAGGCGAGAGAUCCAGAUUGGAGCCCAGUUUAG